AAUCGGUUCGACCGAGCCAAGUCCCAUACCCUACCCCGGCGCCGCGGUCUCUCUGGCGAGAGAAACCCUAUUCAGGAUCCCUCCGCUUCUCGUCGCCGUCUCCUCUUCAACGAUGUUCCGGUCGCUCCUCCCCACAUUUGUGCGCAAGGCGGCCCUCGGUGACCCUUAAGGAAACCUCAAGAUCUGUGGAAAAAAUGGAGACAAUGGUGAGGAAACUUCAACAGAAGUACAAAAAGGCAAGGGAGGAUAUGGAAAAGUGGGAUGAGCUCCAAUCCCGAUUGCUCUCACUCUUCAAGAGUGCCACAUCCAUCAUCAAUAGACUGCAGGUGCUUGCAGAGGCUAAAAAUUAUGGUGUGUUGAGGAGCAUAUCUGGCAUUAGAGAAGCACUUUUGGGGAAGCAAAUGGAAACCCUGGAAAUGAUCUUUCGUUCCAUGAGAGAAACAAUGAAAGAGUUUCGUGGCAUUGUCUUGUCUCUUGAGAAGAUUGCAAGGGAUGCGUGGCAACUGGUGAAAGGAGGAUCAGCCCAAACUUCUAAGCAGAUGAAAGUGCAGAUUGGACUCUGGCCAAAUAUUACAUAUUGCUUAGGUGGGCUUAGGUCAAUUUAUGAGAUGCACCAAUCUGAGUAUAUUCUUAAAUUAUCAGUGGUAUCCUCCUUGACAUGGAAGUGUAGUCCCACUGAUGCUGCUGCAUUUGGUCAGCUUUUGGUGGAUCAGCCCAAUAUCCCAAAAGAUGAAGUGCAAGCUAUCUAUGACAUAAUAUUUGCCGACGAGAUCUGCUGAUUCCUCCUGUUUUCUGCCAUCCCUGCACAUUUUUAUCGCCCGGCAGCUAUGGUUGCAUUUGGAGAUGGACUAAAUGCGUGCUUAUGCUCAAACUGUGAGGGCGAAACUGACUGCAAUGUUCUUCUGUUCUGUGUUGAUGCUUAGAGUUUGAGACGUCUUUACAUAUAUAUCAUGUUAUAUAGCAGGAAGAAUGUCCUCAAAAUCUCAAACUCGUUUGUGUCAAAAAACUGCAUCAAGUUACACUCGUCUUUUUCAAGUUUAUUUGAUUGAUGAAACCUAAUUCUUAGA